AUGUCAGUUUUGUCGAUAGAAUACAACCGUAUCAUAAUAUUCAAGGAACCCAUACCAGACAGAGUGCUUCCAGAUCGCGUGAUUAGAACUGAAAAGGUACUCAAUGAAGGGGGCUGCAGGGUGAAAUGUUUUUUGGAACCAAAAUGCGUGUCUAUUAACGUGGGUCCUGGAGGUGCUCAUACAAGAACAUGCGAACUUAACAAUGCCACUGACGAGAGCCCUUCACUGUCCUCUCUGGAAAAGAAGGAACAUUACAUUCACUUUGCUAUUGAGGUAUGUUAAAACUGGCUUUUGGUUCGUACGUACGGAAUGAUGACGAUAACGAUUCAGGGCAUACAUGUAAUAAUGAUGAUGAUGAUGGUGAUGGUGAUGUUGAUGAUGAUAAUGAUGAUGACCAUAUUGCUAAUGCUGCUGCUGAUAAUGAUGAAUGAUGGUGACAAUAUUGAUGACAAUGAUGGUGAUAGAGGUGAUGAAGAUCAUUAUUGUGGUUCUGAUGAUGAUGAUUUUUGUUGUUGUUGCUGCUGCUGCUGCUGAUGAUGAUGAUGAUGAUGAUGUUGAUUUUGGCACUGUUGUUGUUAUGGAUACUAAUGAUGAUGAUAAUGAUGUUGACAAUGCUGAUGAUAACAGAUGUAUCAUAAUUCUGUUCUUGGUAUUGUUAUUAAUGAUGAUGACGAUAGUUAUGAUUUUGAUGAUGAUGUUGACAAUGUGAUGUUGAAAAUAGUGAUUCCAAGAAGCGAUAUAAAUGAGAUGUGCUGAUAAAGAUGGUAAUGGAGAUUGUGACAGAGUUGCUGUAGGAUAUAGACUGUGGAACCCACAUUGCGGAUUAACUUUUGAGAUGUAAUAUAUGCCGGAGAACUUGAAAAACAAAUAAUGCACAUCAGAUUUAAGGCUGCAAAUUAAUAAAACAUCUAAUGUGGUAUCUUUUUAACUCAGAACUUUUGCCAAAUUAACCAUGAUCCCUGCCCAGGAGAAAACGAGUUAUGUGAAGUUGGGUUCACAGAAAAACGCUACAGAUGUGUCUGUCGCGAUGGGUUCAAGUUUGUAAACGACCAAUGUACAGGUAAUACGCAGAAGCUAGAUGCAUAAAACAACUCAUACUCUUUACCAAGAGCCAAGUUUAUAGAGUGUUUUCACUCACGUGGCCAGCAUCUAUGCAAAUUUAUUGGAACAAAAAAAAAGCGUUUGCAUAAGAAAAGAGUUACCACGGGACUGGUUUGGGACACCAAUAUGGCCGCCAUGACGUCAUGUGAAAACACUCUAUAGUUCAUUGCGCCCUUGCAAAUAUAGAGUAAUUGCACAUGACGUCACGGCGGCCAUAUUAAUGUUCGAAAACAAUGAAACGGACCCGGUGCUCACUUUAGUGCCCGACUACAAGGUCUCGAUCUUGUACUCGGGCACCGGCACCGUGCCCAAAUUCUAGCGCGGGUACUUAACAAAAGGUGCGUUCACAUUAGGGCCCAGCGAGUAUCGUACUCGGGAACCAGUGCCCGGGAACCAAGUGUGAACGCACCCCUAGUCUGUUAAUCAGGCUCAGAGAUUGGCCAUUUUGUGACUGAUUUCGCAAGAGACUGGGUCGGGGUUGUGUCGAACUGCAUUGAGGGAGCGUCUUGGGGGACGAAUUUCAAACCACACUCCUGUGCGAGCUUGCAAAAGUUAAGAGGAAACAUCACUGUUUACAGACAACGAGUGAAACAAAAGAACUUCCCGCUUUUGUUAGAAGAACUAAUACGCUUCUGUUGGGCACAUUUAAAAUAUCACGUUAGCGUGAGCCUCGCUGCAGAACUAUUGAAGGGGCGAUAGUGGCCCACAAUGCAAUUGAACACAACAUCGAAACAGACUCUUGGGCAAACUCACAAUAGCCACUGAUACAAAUUACGAUGGAUUGACCUCUUAUUUUCUGUAGAUCUAAAAAAUAGUUUUUCUACUUCAUUUUUUAUAUCGCCAUUCUUGUUCAAUGUUGACAGAUAUUGAUGAAUGCAGAAAGGAAUUGCACAACUGCAAGCUAGGUAUGCCGGGGGGCAUGACAUGCAUAAAUGAGCCUGGUUCAUUUCGUUGUGAAUGUCUCCCUGGUUUUGUUAAAGACGGUACUAUCUGUAAAGGUUAGUAUUUUAAGGGGAAUAUUCUAACAGCUCCGAUGCCUUCUUAAAACUAAUGACCGAGCACGUAGGGCGAGGUUAUGAUUGAUUUUUUAAAGAGGGGCAUUACCCGGUUUAGUGGACUUUUCUAUUGUUUUAGAACCAGCAAGUCAUUACUAUGGCCUCUGAAAUGGAAGAGUGGGUUAUUAUUCCUAAUUGUUCCACCUGUCUUCCGUGACCAGCUCCUUCGAUCCAUUUUGUUGAAAAUAAAAACCUUUUCAAAACAAUGGAAAGGUGCAUUAAACAUACCAUGUUGAAUGAUUCAAUAACCUUUUUAUUAUUCGUUAUAACUACUUCCAGGCUCACAACGUUAUUACUUUUGAGUAUAGAUUUUUGGAAUCACUUUUAGUUCCUACGCAAUGUAGAGAACGAAUGAAUGUUUUCUUUUAAAAGUUACCCUCUCAGAGCGUUACCAUUAACAUGUUUUUGCGUGUUUUUUAGAUGUUGACGAAUGUGGGUCCUCCAGCUUGAAUAACUGUUCACCUAACGAGAAAUGUGUGAAUGAACAUGGUUCAUUCCAUUGUGAGUGCAUUGACAUUGGACCGUGUAAAGGUCAGUGAAUAUUAAUGGAGGUCGCUAAUCAGAUAACUUGUAACAAGGCUUUGUGUAACACGCAUCGCUCUGUUUACUGUGCGUUAUUAGGGAGCUUUAGCCUGCGUAGCAUGGCGGUUUUGGUUGGGCGCGCUAAAUAAUAAAGGCGAGCGAGGGCAGAGAAACUGCAAUGAGAUUGAGGCAGAAGCAACUUGAUUAUUUUUCUGGCGGCUUGGCUGCUCAAUGGUGCUCCCGAAACCGCCAUGCUACGCAGGGUAAGGGAGCUUAAGUAGCGACGAAGGCGAAAACGACAACGUCAAAAAACAAUUGUUUUGUGAGCAAAACAACAGCUUUGCACGUUCAUCACACUUUCUUAGUACAUUUCUUUGACGUUUACUGCACGACUACAAAUUGCCUGCAUUUGACAAAUUAAGCGGGUGCAAAUAGACGCGAUAAAGUUUAAAAGGACGUAAAUUGAUUUUUUUUAGCGACGUUUUCCCUGCCGUCGUCGUCUUCGCCGGUUACAUAAGUUUUCUAUUCGGAGAUCACAAACAUUAUGAGGUGUCAGCCUUCUUCUUGCCACCUAAACCAGCUUAAUACCUCAGAAGAAUUUGCCACAGAAAAGAAGUCUUACGAACCCGACAAAACGGUUUACCCUGUUUGUUUGAUGUUGAUCAGUUUAAUUAUAUCCCAGAAUGCCAUGAUGCUCUCGGUGUAGAAAGCGGUGCAAUCUCUGAUAGGCAAAUGAGUGCUUCUUCGCAGUGGGAUGAAAAUUACGCUGCCUCUCAGGGAAGGCUCUACGUUGAAGCUGUUUCAGGCAAAAGCGGGUCAUGGUCAGCAAAAGAUAAUAAUGUAUCUCAGUGGCUUCAAGUUGAUUUGGGUAAUCCGCACACCAAGGUUACUGCCCUAGCAACACAAGGCAGAAAUGACCACCCUCAGUGGGUAACGAAAUACAAAGUGCAGUAUAGCGGAGAUGGCGUCAGUUUUCAAUAUUUCAUGGAGGAACAAUCCAGCAAAAUAAGGGUAAGAUGGUGUUCACCCUAGACGUACAGCUAUGGAAUUUUUAAAUUAAGUAUUACCUACCUACCUACAUGCCUGCCUGCCUGCCUACCUACCUACCUACCUACCUACCUACCUGCCUACCCACCUCCCUACCUACCUACCUCCCUGCCCACCUACCUACCUACCUACCUACCUACCCACCUACCUAUCUACCUACCUACCUACCUACCUCCAAACCUUGCACGUUUUUCGUCAUUUUUUAAAAAAGGAUAGCAACAGGCCAUUUCCGAGUUGCCCCAAGCCUCUGUUUUAAAGCGAGGCUAAGUGCAAAGCCAUUGAUAUGAAAAUGCUUUUUUAUCCUUAUGCAAAUAAAACUCAUUUUGAAAAGUGAGACUAUUUGGAACUCCGAAGCGGCAUUUCUCAUUUUUUCACCGCCGUUACGGAAUUUUAAUUUUGUUCUUCCAACAAAAAAUGUCUCCUUUGUUUUUUAUCUCUCGCUCUAGAUGUCUGUCACCCUUUUUCUCAUUGAGUGUCGCUGGCCUGCCGCCUACUCUCUCUUUUUCUCUGUCUUUCUGUUGCUCUAUAUUCCAAAUUUGUGGACAUGACAAUUAAUCUAAGCUUAAUGCUUUAGACAACACGGAUACAGAUACAAUUUGCGCUUUCCGUUUUCGUCUUUAUUGACUCUUUAUCUGCCUCUGUUUUACAAGGCGCGGGUGGCUAUGUGAUUUCCCGCCAAAAUAACCUCGAGUUGCAUUUUGGUUGCCAUAUCUGUUAGUUGAGUUAUGUUACAUUGGUAUGCCUGUCGUGCGGACAAACGGUCUCUCGGGCGGUCGGUGUAAGGUCACGUGAUUACCAAUGAUUUUCUCGGCUGGUUACAUUACCACAUUUUCUUACCAAUGGUGCUCCACUGUGCGCGCUUCGCACGCGAGAGCUCCGCUAUUAGGAAAGCCAAUUGGGCUGACCCCAGUGACAUAUUUUCCCAGUGAAAGGUGUUAUCCACCGUUUGAACAACUAGUAUAGGCAGAGGGAGAGGGAAAUGAGAUAGACAGGGUGGAGCAAAGUGUCUUUUCUAAGAAAACGACGCAACGGCAAGGCUUGAAUUCCCGAGGGUAUGGGUACUUCCUAUAAUGGCCCAUACGGGGGGGCCCCGCCCAAAAGCGGUACCUUUCUUAGUUUUCAGGUAUAUAAAAGGGUUGUGAUUUCAGUAGUUGAAGUAUAUAAAAGGGAAGGGAAAUAUGUUUUUGUGGUCUGUAAAAGGACCCAGAAGGGCUAAUCGAUGCAUGCACUUUAUGGCUUUGAAAACGUCGAGGAAACUUUCUGGUUUUAUGAUUUAUACAUAUUUGAAAGCCAGUGCAUUAUUUAACAGUUAAAAGAGAUGCAAAGUGCUAAACAAGGUACGUGAAAGGGGUACCAUUUCUCAAUAAGAGGGUAUUCGAAAGGGGUACCAUUUCUGUCAAAAAUGGUAUAUUAAAGGGUAAAGGUAUUAGCCUCAUCGUCUUAAAGUUUGUUUGUUAAUCGUCCAGCACCACGUCUCCACACUCUUUUUGUACUCAGUAAUUUUAUUAAUAAGCGUCAUGUUCAUUAAAAGAUGUUUUUCAGCAAUUUCGUCUUCUUUUUUUUUAAUUUUGUUAGGAGUUUGUUGGAAACACAGAUCAGGACACUGUGGUCUACCACAAACUCAGUUGUGACAUCAGGGUACGCUACAUCCGUUUUCUACCAGUAGCCUGGCACGAUCACAUAUCCAUGAGGGUGGAAAUCUAUGGGUGCAAAGGUAAAAUUUGCAAUUUCACUCCGGUUUUCAAAACACUGACCAACUGCUGCUUGAGGAAGGGCGGAGUGUGGCAAUAAUUACGUCUUUCCUAAUUCAUGUCCAAACAAAAAACGCAAAGUAAAACGAAUACAGUCAAUGCUUGCCUUGUUUUAGGUCUUAAAAAUAUAUUAACUUUCAAUUGUUUCCUCCUGAAUAGGGUCAUAAGUAACUCUCGUGGAACACAUCUAUCCUAGAAAGAAAGAAGUAACCCUUAGGUGGUAGUGGGAACCACAAAAUGGAUUAGAUAGUAUAGAGCUUUACAAUGUAGUGCGUUGCUACUACUGCAAUACUUUAUUUUAGCUUUUCUAGCCUCUGAUGAAGACUAGUUUUGUCUAGUCGAAAAAUUGGGCAAAUAAAUCAAUGUAAAUUACCAACCCUUAGCUGUCUGAUCAGCCUUGCCCUCCAUUUUAAGUAAACCUACUCUAUCAGCCCACAUAUUGUUACGCCCACUAAAAUCAUAUUUCAACGCCCCAUGUAAGGAAGUCUGGAUUCCGGAUUCCGGUAUAUGUUUUGCUAGUGGAAUCCUGGGCUUUGGAAUUAAGGCUCAACGAAACCGGAAUCCCACUAACGAUUGGAAUCCCGAAUCCGAAUUCCUCUGACAAGAAUCCAGAAUCCAGUACCCGAAAUCCAAAUCCAAUCCAAAAUUUACUGUAUACGCUUUUAAUUGAUACAUUUGGAAUGUGCAGAUGA